AUUGCAACAAGCUAAAUCAAUAUACAAUAAAGAAAUUACAUAUUUGCUUUAAGUGCUCUCUGCAAAUAGAACACUCUUAAUGAGUUUGUCAAGGGAAACUCAGACGGGGUGGUCCCCCAGAGUCUCUCUUUUGACCAAUCCCCUCCAACAAACUUGCCCGACUAGUUUUGUUUGUUGCCACAGUGAGAGGCUAUCGUUGCUGUCAAUCCCAGCGGUCCACCUGUUCUGCGCGUCGAGCUUAAUGGAAUUAUUUUUUUUCAGAGGAUCAUUAUCAUCAUCCUCGUCUCAUCCUUGCGGGUGUAGCCUAGUUUAUAAUUAGAUAUGAAGACGAGUUUCAUGCCGCUGGUUUUUCUAUGCUGCGUUGGGUAUAUUCAAAGCAAACCUUCAUCGCAGCCGUGUCCAAGUGGGCAGUUUGCAUUGAAGAAUCAGUGCGUCCUCUGUCAUCCCACCUGCUCAGAAUGUGCGGGCCACGAACUAUUCGAAUGUACCUCUUGUGGAGUAGAUGAGGAAGGCCUGGAGCGUUUCCUGCACCAAGGCCACUGCAGGCCCCACUGCCCACGUGGAACAUACCCAGAGCGGGCACGCUAUUCCUGCCUGCCCUGCAUGGCCAACUGCGAGCUGUGUGUCGAUGCCCACGUCUGUGCCAAGUGCAGGGAUGGCUAUCGGCUCUUCGGCGGCAUCUGCCAGGUUGCCCUCUGCAGAGUGGGGCAGGUAGAGGACCCAGAGACUGGCGAGUGUGUUGACUGUGAGCCUGGCUGCAAGUCAUGCACUCCAGAUGACCCAGAGCUCUGCAACAGCUGCACCGAGGGGUACUUCCUCUACCGUUACCAGUGUCGGAGGCAUUGCCCCCAGAGGACCUUUGAGGACCAGGACAGGGGUUUGUGCCAGGGAUGCCCGUCCCAGUGCGCAGACUGCCGCAGCAGCACCCUCUGCCUGGCCUGCCAGCCAGGCCACUUCUUGCACGGUUUUGACUGUGUGAAAGAGUGUCCCGAGGGCACGUUUGGAGAUGGCAGCGGGUGGCGUUGCCAGUCCUGCCACACGUCCUGUCAGACGUGCCACGGCCCACACAUGAGGGACUGCGACCUGUGCCCAAGUGGCACCCUGCCCGUUUACGGCCAGUGCCCUGUGCCCUGCCAACAGGGACAAUAUUUUGACGGAAUUGACAGUGAAUGCCAUUACUGUGACGUGUCAUGCAAAACGUGUUUUGGUCCAAAGGCUCUAGACUGUUCAUCAUGCUUUACAGGCUAUAUUCUGGACCAGGAAGGUGCGUGCGUUGAGCACUGUGUCCCAGGAUCCUUUGCCAAUGUGAUGUCACAGCUAUGUGAGGAGUGUUCCCCUAACUGUGAGACGUGUGAGGGUGCCAGCGACAAGUGUGUCAGCUGCAAGAGCGGCCCUUUCAAGCUCCUCCUGCACCAAGGCCGAUGCUGGUCCAACUGCCCUGAUGGUUUCUUCGAGACGGCAGAGGGCAUGUGUGAAGCGUGUGAAGCACCCUGUGUGACGUGUGAUGUGUCGGGGUCCCAGUGCCUCUCAUGUGGCGAGGGUAACUUUCUGGAGGGCGGCCAGUGCCGGGUCAACUGCUCCCUGGACAGGAGCUACGCCGCCGCAGAUGGAAUGUGCAGGCGCUGCGCUCCACACUGCGAUGCCUGCAUAGACGACAAGACCUGUUCCAAGUGCAGUUUCCUGUACCUGCUGCUGAACGGCGUAUGCCAAGCCAGCUGCCCAGAGGGCUACUUUGAGGACCUGGAUGAGGGUCACUGUGUCCGCUGCCACCCCAGCUGUGCCACCUGCUCUGGCCCUUUGGCGGAUGACUGCGAGACAUGCUCCACGCCCACUCCGAAGCUCUAUGAGGGCACCUGUUCAGAGGAGUGCCCCGACAGCACGUACUUCGAGACGUCCACGCGGGAAUGCCAAGAAUGCCACCAGACCUGUGCACGGUGUACAGGACCUGAGCCCAACCUCUGCACACAGUGUGGCAAGGGCCUGGCCCUCGACCCCAACACUUUGAUGUGCGGAGUGACCGGUGACUCAGGCUGCCCGCCCAGGACCUUCCUGCAUGCCAACCGCUUCACCUGCCAGGCAUGCCAACGACAAUGCCAGUCUUGCGAGGGGCCGGGACCUGCUGACUGCCUGACCUGUGCCCUGCCCAGAUACCUCCACAAGGGCUUGUGUGUAAGUGAGUGCCCAGCGGGCAGCUACGCUGCCAGUGAGGAGGCUGACGGCAUGGAUCUCGGCUUCUGCUCCACCUGCGACCAUGUUUGCGCCACCUGCUCCGGGGCCUCACCCAAAGACUGCACCUCCUGCUCUCGGGGCUACCUCCGACUGCUGCACCUCUGCGUCUCCCACUGCCCUACGGGGUUCUAUGCAGAUGGGGACCGCUGUGAAAAAUGCCACCGUUCCUGCGAUCAGUGUUCUGGUCCUGGACCUGAGUCCUGCCAGGCCUGUCCCGCGCCACUGCUAGAACUUCACGGAACCCGGCUCUGUGUGGAACACUGCCCACAGCGGUUCUACCAGACAGGACAGCGCUGCACCCAGUGUCACACCAGCUGUCAGAGCUGCACAGAUUCCAACCCUCAGAGCUGUGUGACAUGUGACUGGGGCAGUAUUCUGCAGAAGGGUGUGUGCUACCCCCGCUGUGAAGAGAGUCGUUACUUAUCCCUGAGUGAGGUGUGUGAGCUGUGUGACGGCUCCUGCAGACACUGCUCGGCUGCCGGCCCUCAGAGCUGCCUGACAUGCCAUGCCGGCUUCGCUCUCCACGCCAUGGAAGGCCGCUGUGUCCGCUGCUGCCCGCAGGACCUUGUGCGCCAGCAUGCGGCCAGGGAGGAGGAGGAGGAGCAGAGGGAAGGGGAGCAGGAACAUGAGACCUGCUGUGUGUGUGACCCUGGCACAG